CCUUGUCCACUUAGUAACUAAAAAUUUAAUUUGUUUGGUCAUUUAUUUAUCAUUUUUGCAGAGGCUAAACAGCUGCAACGGUGUAAAGUCUGUAUGUUGUGAAAUAUGCAACGACUAUAAAUAUCAAAAACUUUAUUAGGAUGGCCAGCUAGCGAAAAUGAAGCUUUUCAAGUUUAUUGUGCAUCAAAAAAAUUUCAGUGGUGAAGACUUGAUUAUUAAUCCCAAGGAUUAUCCGGGCAUUAAGACAGGAGAUGUUGUUGAGAUUUAUCAUCCUGAAGAUGAUUACAGCAGACUGCUCUUGCAGGUUACUUCUUUUAAGGAGGACCUGCAGAGCAGAGAGACCAUCAGUGUGGAAUAUAACAUAGCUGCAAUGUUCCAGCUAAAAACAUUUCAAGAUGUUUACAUGAAUGUAGUCAAUCCUGAUGAUGUGGCUUUGGAUUCUGUUGAGCUGACAUUUAAAGAUCAGUAUCUAGGUCGCAGUGAAAUGUGGAGAUUGAAGAAUAGUUUGGUCAAGACAUGUGUUUAUAUGAACAAAAAAAUCGAAUUCUGUGGUGGUAGCAUGAGAUGCCAAGUGUACGAAAUGUGGUCCCAAGGAGACAGAGUUGCUUGUGGUGUCAUAACAGAUGACACAAAAGUUGUCUUUCGCUCGUCCACAAGUAUGGUGUAUCUUUUUCUUCAGAUGAGCUCUGAAAUGUGGGAUUUUGAUAUACAUGGAGAUCUCUACUUUGAAAAAGCUGUAAAUGGCUUUUUGGCGGAUUUAUUUCAAAAAUGGAAGAAAAAUGGCUGUAAUCAUGAAGUUACUAUUGUUCUGUUUUCAAGAACCUUUUACAAUGCUACUAGUCUUGAAGAAUUUCCCAAUUACAUGAAGGAAUGCCUGCAACAAGACUACAAAGGCAGAUUUUAUGAGGAUUUUUACAGAGUUGCAGUUCAAAACGAACGCUACGAAGAUUGGAGCAAUACUCUGGUACAGCUGAGAAAACUUUUCACUGAUUACCAAAAAUUUGUCUUAGAAUAUCAUCAGAAACCCGGCAUUGUAAUUCCUAAGGCAACUAAUUCAACAGCUGCCCAAGGAAAUUUUUUAGAAGUUUUAAAUAUGUCUUUAAAUGUUUUUGAAAAACAUUAUCUGGAUAGAAGUUUUGAUAGAACUGGUCAACUCUCAGUUGUCAUCACACCAGGUGUUGGUGUUUUUGAAGUAGACAGAGAAUUAACAAAUGUCACCAAACAAAGAAUUAUUGAUAAUGGAGUUGGUAGUGAUUUAGUUUGUGUCGGAGAACAGCCUUUGCAUGCUGUUCCGUUGUUAAAGUUCCACAAUAAAGAUUCAUCCAUGAAUGUGCCUGAUGACUACAGCAUGCCUCAUUGGAUAAACCUCAGUUUUUACUCAACCAACAAGAAAAUUCCAAACUCAACUUUUGUGCCUCGAAUCAAGCUACCACAACGCGUUUCGAAGCAAUUAAAUGAAAAUGGUAGCGAAAAAUUUCUGAAUAACAAAACCAAGCUCCUUCAGGAAGAUACUCAAGAGUACCUGCACAAUUCGUUCUUUGACUAUGACGCGUAUGAUGCCAAAGUCUUUCAAUUGCCGUCAAUUCAUAGCUCGAGUCUUCAACGUAUAACCACUAGAACGAAAAAGACGAGUGUCGUUUGCAUGGAAACGCACAACAACGCUCAGGCGCUCAAGCUCCUGAAGCGUAAAAUGUCAGACCCGGAUAUUCAUCACCCUCUACCGGAUCCACUCAUGCCAAACUUGGCUGCUUCGCGCAGCGCCGCGAUAACCAUUCCUCCACGAACUGAAAAUCCACCAAUGGAAAGCAACGGUUCUACCAGUGAAACCACUGCUAAUCUCUCCACCCUUUCACGAAAUUCGCUAAAGAGCGACGCAACAGACACCGAAAUCUCACCACCUUUCCGACCGGUGGUGGGCAGUGCAGGUACUCCCCCAAACAAUAACUCAAUAAAUCAUCAUCAUGGUAUUCAGCAUCAGCCUGCAUCUACGACAUUGUCGACCGGUAAUACGAGGCCAGGUCGUGCUCUCAUCAAUCCCUUUGAUCCCUCGCACGUAACGAUCAAGUUGACGAGCAACCGAAGACGCUGGACUCACAUCUUUCCCAAGGGUCCUACUGGCGUUCUCGUACAGCAGCACCACUACCAAGCAGUUCCAACUAGCCAGCAGCGCCAACUACCGCAAGCUCAGAAAAAUAAUACUCUCCUGGAGCCGCGAACCAGCAUUUCCGAUACGACCUUUACCCUGGAAACCUCACCUGCUGAGCCUAAGCAGAAAAAUAAAUCGCAACGAUUGAAUCUGUUGUUAACCAAUACCAUUGAUAAAAAAACAUCAAACAGCCCUAAAAGCCUAACUCUGCUUUGGGGUGCAACAGGCGAACAAGAGUGGACACCUGCUCUUACGACGGUACCACUUGGAAUUCCACUUGGAAUUACCGAUGGCUUCUCCAAACCAAAACCCCAUAAUGAGAGAGUGACGAGGUUCUCUGUACAGGAAAAGCACGUAGUGAGUUCACCUUCGGCUGUUCGCUCGGCCCUCGACACUCCUCGCCACAUACCAGCCAGAUCUGGCUCUAAGGUGAUGGAUCGUGGCCGAGUGUCGCCCGCCAGCGAAGUCACACUUCCUCUAACCGCGGAACAGCAGCAGCAGCAGCUACAAUUCGAACACUUGGAGAUCAGCGAUGAAAACAUAGCGACGGAGGUGGUGAAAAUAAAGAGCAGCGCCUCGCUCGUCGAGAUUCUGGAGGCGAUGAAGCACCCGCAGACCGGAGUGGGCUUCCUCACGCAGCACCCGUCCCUCCCGAGUCAAACUUUCGUCAGCGCCGAUGCCGUCCAGUGGCUGAAUAAUCACAUGGAAGGUGGCAUUUCCGUUGACAAAGCUGUUGGCUUGAUGAAGAUCAUGAUUGCGGACAAACUCAUUUGCCACGCGUCCGGGGACUUUAGCAAGCCGUUUAUCUUGGGAUAUUAUCUGUACCACAUUGUGCAAGAUAAAGAUGGCCAAAAAGCUCCAGAUUAUUCCUCGCCACUGGGUGACACGCAGAGUUUCGAAAACGAGUGGGUCGAGGUGGAGAUGAGAGCGCCCAAGGGCUGGUGCGAGCCUCAAUCGAACUCAAGCUCGUCUAGCAUUCUGUCAAGCGCGUCUCAACCGAUAUCUAUUCCUAGCUGUGAUAGUAAAGACGAAUCUGAUGUUCCUGUUUUUCUCAGGAAAAACCUUGACACAGUCGAAGUCUCAGACGAACGAGAUUGGAUGGGACAAAUGUACAGACAAACCUACUUAGAUAUAGACAUCAAUAACAAGAGUGAUCGAAUCGAGUGGGGGCAUUUGAAAUAUCAGUCGGUUUACAAACCAGAUAAUGCUUAUGAGUUGGUUGUUCAAUGGGUGGCAGCUUCGGGCAACAUAGUGGCUGAUCUCAUAUUUACUUGGCAAAGAAAGGCACAACUGUGUGGCAUCCAAAUGAUACCGAUUCCAAGUGACUUGCUUGCUCUACCAUUCACCGCUAAAAGCGAUACGUUGCGCGGGCCUAUUUUCAUUCCUUUGAACACAGAGUGCCUUAUGACUGGAAAAAAAUAUCUUUUCCAAGAAUUUCAAGAAGAAACGUACGCUCAGCGACUGUUUCUCUUCCAAGAGGUGAUUCUGCAGCGUUUUGGUUUUAUGCGCUGUUUAGUAGAGAGCAACGAGAACAUUCAUCAAUAUGUUCACGUGACGGGCAGCGCAUUCGUAUUGGUGCCAUCGACUUUGAGCUCCCGACCGCGUGAACAUUCCUGCAGCAACGUGAUGCGACGAAAUGUUACUCAGAAGCGAUAUCCAGUACAAACUGAACAACAGCUCAGUCCACACGAAGCUUACAUCACGCGGCAUGUCAGUGGCAAAAAUAAAAACGACUACAGCAUGGAUCGAAGAAUGGGAUUUUUGUGGUCAUGGAAUCUUAUGUUGAGUCGCAAGUGGAAGUAUCCGGUUUCGGGUACUGGAGAUGAAUUUUUUCAGAAGAAAAUCAUACAGGACUUUCGUCAUUUCUGUUCGAACGGCGAUAAUCGAUUGAAGAGAUUCUGGGAGUCAUGCUGGGAACUGAAAGAAAAGUCUUAUGCGAGCGCUAAGUGAUUCAAAGUUUGGAUAUUUUUCAUUUGUCCAUCUCUUGACGAUUGCACUUUUCUAGUCCUUUAAUGCAAAAAUCAGUCAUUUACGCGCAACCACAACGAUAAAUAGUAAGUAAGAUGAUGCCCUUGUGAUUUGUAGAUAUUUUUAUCCUACCUACAUCGCAAAGUGUAAAGCUAAAAAUACGCAAAACAGUCGAAACUUUAACUUGUAUUGAAAUAAAUUAAAAAAUUAAUAUUGUUCAACUAUUUCCUAAAGUAAAGUAUCUAUUUUUUUUUACUUUUUUAAAAAACGCUAUUCGUGUUACAUCGAAUGAAUCAAGAGACAUUGAAAAAUAAUAACGUUUGUACUAUGUAAUUAUUAAGUUAAUAUAUUUCAAAA